ACUCUUACCACUCUUGAUCUCGGCUAUAACCACAUAUCCGACGACGGAGUUGAAGCACUGGCUGAUGCAUUGAAACAUAAUGCAACACUUUCUACACUUCACCUUGAUUACAACGAAAGUUCUCACCAAGGUACCGCAAUGUCAUAUGAUAAAUCAGAAACCGAGGAAAAUUCCAAUGGUCUUCAGAUCUCGGAAGAUGAAAUGUAUGAGAGUGGACUGAAAAUGGUGAUUGAUAGGUUGAAAGUGAAUCAGACUAUUACUACUCUUGUUUUUGAAUGGAGCGACAUAUUCGACGAUGCGGCUGUACUACUCGCUGAUGCACUGGAAGUCAAUGUAACUAUUAGGACACUUGCUGUUCGUCAUAUUGGAUUAUCGACAAAAGGGAUUGAAGCGCUGGCUAAUGCACUGGAAGCCAAUAAAACUCUAACUGCUAUUAAUUUUGAAUGGUUCAAUAUAUAUGACGAUGGUAUUAAAGCACUAGCUAAGAUGCUGAAAGUCAAUCGAACUCUUAAGACUAUUGAUCUUGAGUGGUGUGACAUAUCUGAAGUAGGAGCUGAAGCACUGGCAAAUGCUUUGAAAGUAAAUCACGUGAUAACUACUCUUAAUUUGAAAAACAAUCAUAUAUCUGACAAAGGAGCUCAAGCACUUGCAAAUGCGUUGGAAGAUAAUCAAGGUGUGAUUACUCUUGAUGUUACAUACAAUGACAUAUCAAACAACGGGGCUAAUGCUCUCGCUGCUACAUUAAAAAUCAAUCAAACUCUUACUACUCUUAUACUUGCUGAAAACAAAAUAUCUGACGAAGGAGUGGAAGAACUUGCUGGUGCCCUGGAAAGCAAUGAAACGCUUCAAACUCUUGAUCUUCACGAGAACGAGAUAUCCGAUGAGGGAAUAGAGGCAGUCGCCAUGGCAUUGAAAGUCAAUAAAACUCUUACUACAAUAAACCUUAUGAGAAAUCGAAUAUUCGACUAUGGAGCUGAGACACUCGCUCGUGCACUAAAAAAGAAUCGAACACUCAUCAAUAUGCAUCUCUCUAAUAGUUGUCUUGUUGAAGCUAAACUAAAAUAA